AUGGGUUGGAGUAGUGACGAUCUUUUUCGCGGAUAUGGUGGAUAUGGAGGAUAUGGUGGUUUUCCAUAUGGUGGAGGUUAUGGAUUUCCGUAUGGAGGAUAUGGUGGCGGAUAUGGAGGAUAUGGUGGCGGAUAUGGAGCUCCAUAUGGGGGCUUCGGGGGUGGAUAUGGAUAUCCAUACGGCGGAUUUGGCUAUGGAUGGUAA